CAGUGGCUGCCUCCAGCUCAGCUCCUGCAGAAGAACCAUCUGAUGAAGCUCUGCUUGCUGUAGUGUCACACAUGGAUGUUUCAGCUUUCAGAUGGAUGGUUUUGGAAGCAGUAAGCUGACUUGGCUCCUGAACCACCCGUCCGGCCUGAACCUGUGCCCUCUGCGUCGAGAGCUGCUGCGCCAGAAAAGCAGCCUCUGCCCACAGAGGAACUGCUGCUGCCAGAAGGCUGGAGACAGACACUUCCCAAGGAGCAGCAUUUGUGGGUCAGCAAGGCUCUUUUCACCAGAGACAAGUCUGGCAGACUGGCACUGACUAAAAACAUGCGUCUCUGGUGGCAUCCUCCUGGGCCCCGUCCUUUGUAUUCUCAACCUCCUUCAUCACCAGAUGCAUUUUAUCAUGCAAGGCUGUUCCUGUGGGUCCCUUAUCGCUUGUGGGCAUACCGGCUGCUGUGUUCACAGCCUAACUGUCGGCGUCUUGGCUUCCCGAUGACAGCGUGUGGAAUGUACAAGACGGUCAGGAAGGUCUUGGACGUCAGUGGCUGGUACUACAUGGCUACGGAAUAUCUUGAAUGCAGGUCCUGCAAAAAAAAGCUAGCAGCCUGGUCUCAAGAUAUUCUUAGCCAGCUUGAUCCUGUCCACAGGGAAAUGUUUCCUGCAGUCUUGACCUACAGGCUGUCCUGUGAUAAGGAGGUUGUGAGGUGGAUGCGGGGACGCUCACUUGGGAACAGUGCAACGUCUGCCUACCGAAGCCUGUGUGUCAGGCACAGAGAGAAGUGGAUUGCCCAGACAACCCAUUAUCUCUCUGUGGUUGGGAAGUUCCCAGACUGCACCACAGAUCCCAGCAGUCUCGCUGCCCGGCUGCCUCAGAUGGUGCCUGUGCCUUGUCCGGCAUGGCUGCUGUCAGUGUAUGCUAAAGAUGUACUGACACGGCUGCCUGAACUAAAGGCCAGGGUGACCUCCAUCUAUGGAACCAUCCUAAAGAUGGAUUCCACUAAAAAGGUCACUAAGAAAUUGGCUGGUGAGGCUGCUGGCACUGCAGCAUGGGUCACAGACGUGGGCAAUGAGUUUGGCCAAGUCCUCAUGUGUGUCCUCACUGAGGCAGAGGGCGAUGGCCUCCUUCCCAUGUGCUCUGGACUCGUGGAGCGCUACCGGAGAGCUGGAGAAGUUCCUCCCCAACUUCUCUAUGUGGACCGGGACUGUUGCUCUGCCACUGGUAAAGGAAAGGCGGCCGCAAUGUUUACAGAGUGGGACCAGCUCAUUGUCAGGCUGGAUAUAUGGCACUUCAUGCGGCGGUUUGCCGUUGGAGUGACCACAGACAGCCACCCGCUUUAUGCAUCCUUCAUGAAGCGCCUCACUGCUUGCAUCUUCGAAUGGGAUGCUUCAGAUGUUGAGAAGCUAAUGGAGGCCAAGCGGUCGACAGGCAGCCAGCCCACUGCCAAAGAACUGGCAAAGCAUUGCCGCCGCCGCACUCGAGGGGCCCAGGAGACCAUGCAGCUCAUCGAGAAGCUGCUACAAGACUUCAUGGGGGCCACUGACACCAUGGGCAUUAGACUUCUGGACCAGGAGAGGAUGCAAGAGAUCUGGCAGACCCAGCAGCGCCACGUUCAGUGCAUCCAGGACCCGCCAGGUGUGCAGCUGUACAGGAAAACAGGGCAGGUGACCAAGGAGGGGGUCAUUCUGCCAGUGUAUCGCUGUGCACGUGGCUCCACAUCUCUGGAGUCAUUCCACCUGCACCUAAAUCGCUUCGUCCCAGGUACAAGUGCGAAUGCUUUGCAUUUUCAAAUGUACCUGCUGGAAGGCCUGGUGCAGUGGAAUGAGGCACGUGGGGUCGCUGCAGUAGAAGGUGCCCGCAGAGAGGACAUCUGCUACGGCGGCCAGCUGCUACAGUACUGCAAUGUACUGAGCCAGCAGCUCCUGGGACAGAAACUGGUGCAGGAUUACACCAGCCCUGGUGAAUACACAGGAGAGCUCAUUGGUGUGGGAUAUUUGUAUUCUCAGACCAAUAGAGCUUUAGAGGAAGACAUAGCUAAAGAUCCUGACGUUCCCGAUGGCCUUCAGGAUGAAGACCUACUGGCUGAUCUGGAGGGGGAUGAGGGGUUUGAGGAUGCAUACCUCGACGAGCCCACUGAAUUUAUGGAGCUUGAGAGCAACCUCCAGAACCCCUCUCAGCCCCCAUCCCAGACAGACCCAGCAGCUGUGUCUUCUUCUCCUGCGUUGUCCAGUCAGAGCCAGAUGGACAGUGUGGGACCAAAUGGCCAACCUGGAUAUGACCAUGUCAUUAGACUGGCUGACUGUCUGGUUGACCUGCGGCUUCAGGGGUUUGUCACACAAAGUAUGGUGGAUGAGAUUGUCAUGCUGUGGAACCACCUGGCAGAUCAUGACAAGGGGCCUCUCAUCUAUUCCCCUCGCCACCGUGACAGACUGCUGAAGGGUCGCUUUAAGGUCAGCCAUUCGAAGACCAACGUAACCCCUGGCACAGACAGUCUAAAGAGAUGCUUCCUUGGUGAGGGUGGACCUGCACAGUGGCCCAGCACAAGUCGUCUGGUCGAAGCUAUCUGCCUGGCUCUCUGCAGAAUCCACCCUGCUGGUCAAACCAUCGCUGGAGUUCGUGUGAACCGGUGGGCUGCCAUUCUAAGGGACUACAGGAAGAUCCGUGAUGUAGUCCUGGGCAGCCCCGGAAUCAUGGCUCAAACUAAAUUAAAACUGUUUGAGCUGAACCAGCUUACCAUCUCACAGUGGUUCAACGCACGAACAAAGGAGCAAGAGAGGGAGGUUUUGCAGCAGGACAUUGAGGCGUUCUCUGCUCCUCUGGUGGCCCCUGUACCGCUCCCACCAGUGCUGCAAAAGCUGCCGGAAGCAGUCCAGCACGGACACUCGUGUUUUGAGUCUGCAAUACCGCAGGAUGCGUCUGGACAGGCAGCACCGCGACCUCGAGGCCGACCUCCUUCUGUGGGCACAACGGAAGCAUCUGUCAGAUCUGGUCUUCAUGUCUCUCCUGGCACAGCCCACUCUGCCACUUACCUCACACCUGUCUCCACAUCAGCACCUUUUGCAGCACUUACAUUUACCACAGCACUUGAACCAUCUUCUGCAGGCUUUGCUGUGACUGUUCCUGCUGGUGCUGCGCCAGUUCCUGUUUCUGCUGGUGCUGCGCCUGUUCCUGCUCCUGUUGGUGCUGCGCCUGUUCCUGCUCCUGUUGGUGCUGCGCCUGUUCCUGCUCCUGCUGGUGCUGCGCCUGUUCCUGUUUUUGGAGUAUAUGUACCAGUCGCAGCGCCAGAUGAAAAGAGGGUGCCAAAGACCACAGCGUGGCGGCGGAAGAAGUUGGCGGAGGCAGCCGCUGCAGCAGCAGCUCAAGGUUUGACUCCCCGAAAAAGACAAGCACCUCAGCAGUUCCUAUGCCAAAAGUGUGGCCAGCCAAAAACUAAAGAAUUUGGCCAUAGCCAGUUCAGAGGGGUCCACUUUUGUGCAAAGGCUUCUGGGAAAACUGUGGCGCAGUGGAUGGAGGAAGUUAAAAGAGGAGAGACAAAAUAGACUAUAAAGAAGAUCUUGUACAUUUGUUGAAAAUGUUUAUUUUGUAAAAAAAAAAAACAAGAAGAAGAAGAAGAUAUAUACAUGUAUAUGUUUUAGGGCUUUAUGAUACCUUUAGAAUUUUUUUUUUUUUUUUUUUUUUGCUGUGUUAUUAAAUUAUUUACUUAAUAAUAUUAAACAGUUAAAAAGAUAUGCAGAUGCAAAUAACUAAUUCUAAAAAUUCUAAGUCUAAAAACACUGUCAAGGUGCAAACAUUUAGUUGACUCUUGCAUUUAGUUGACUCUUAAAUCAGCAGUGCUAUUGCACUGCUGGUUAGACCUAAAUUGCAUUUCGUUGCCUUGUACAUGUGUAAUGACAAUAAAGUUGAAUCUAAUCUAAUCUAAAAAAUUUAGAACAACUAAGCAAGAUAUUCUGACUCUGAUUGGCUGUUGUAAUUCUUUUUUCCACUUCUGCCAUUAGUGUUUAUUUUCAGCUCUGGGUUAAGCUAGCAAAUAACUGAGCAGCAAAUACUGGCAAGGUAGUUCAUAAAAUAAAUGUAAUUUAUCAUACGUUUGAUUUUUGUAUUGCAUAUACUGUUGUGAUAAUAAAAAUUAUUUUACGCUAUAUUGUACAGCCCAAAUAUGUUAAAAGUAUAAAUAGUUAUAUAUUUUGUGUAAAUAAACAUUUUUCUAAUUUUUUCUA